AUGACUGAGCACCAAGCCCCGGGGGCAGUGCAUCAUCAAGGAGGCCCCAUUGAUACUGAGGAACAGGCAUUAGAGAGAUUCUUGAAGUUUGGACCUCCUAAGUUCUAUGGAGGCCCAGAACCUAAGGUAGCAGAAGGUUGGUGGAAGAGGAUCUCUGACAUUUUUGCAGCUUUAAAUUAUACGGAGGAGAGACAAGUGACUUUUGCAGCAUUCCAGUUUGAGGGAGCUACUCGUUCCUGGUGGAACCUAAUUAAGGUCAAUUGGGAUAGGAACCAUAUUCCUAGGACCUGGACGAACUUCACUCGGGAGUUCAACGCCAAGUUUUUACCCCCUCUCAUCCAAGAGAAAAUAGAGGAUGAUUUUAUCAAGUGUAGGCAGGGGGCGGUGAGUGUCGCCGAAUAUGAGAUCCAAUUCAUGAAAUUGUCCCGUUUUGCUCCUGAAUUGGUAGCCACGGAACAAAGGCGUGUAAGGAGGUUUAUGCAGGGACUAAACGUGAAAAUCCAGGAGGGAUUAGCUGCUGUUCAGAUAGACACGUUUGCUGAUGAUGUUGAGAGAGCUUAG